AUGGCCUCAGCCACAGCUGCCAAGAUGAUGAUGGAGGAAGCCUUGUGCUCUAUCUGCCUGGAGCUGAUGACGGAGCCCGUGAGCAUCGACUGUGGGCACAGCUUCUGCCGCAGGUGCACAGAGAGCAUCCUCGAGAACCUACAAUUGACGUCAUCCCUGACGGAGCCCCAGUGUCCCCUGUGUCGGACACCAUUUCAAAGGGAGAGUCUUAGACCUAACAAGCACCUGGAAAACCUCAUUCAAAUGGUCAAGCAGCUGGAGCUGGAGAGGCUGUGUGAGGAGCACGGGGAGCAGCUGCACCUGUUCUGUGAGGACGACGGGCAGCUCAUCUGCUGGCGCUGUGAGCGGUCCCCCCGGCACAGAGGCCACAGCACGGAGCUUGUGCAGGACGCAGGCCCAGGCUACAGAGAAAAGCUCCGGAAAUCUGUGACAAACCUGAGGUUUUUAGAAUCUCGAUGUCAGGGUAUGAAGUUGACCGUAAGAGCACAAAUGAGCAAAUGGAAGGAGAAGGUAAAUGUUCAGAAGCAAAAUAUCCAGUCUGAUUUCAAGAAUCUUUAUAAGUUUCUCUGUGAAGAGGAGAAGGCUUUUCUGUGGAGACUGAAGAAGGAAGAAGAAGAGACACUGAGGAGUCUGAAGGACCAUGAAGCCAGUCUGAAACAGCAGAUCCAGGAACUCCAGAGCCACAUCCUGGAACUAGAGAAGAAAUGUCAGGACUCAGACCAGGAUUUACUGCAGGAUGUGAAAGACACCUUGAGCAGGAGUUUGGCUGUGAAGCUGGAACUAGGAGAGGAAAUCUCUAUAGAACCCAACACUGUGUGUGAUGUUUCUGAGCUUUACUUAAAUGUAAAGAAAAUGUUAAAGAGCUACCAAGUCAGCGUGACUCUGGAUCCAGAUUCAGCUCAUGAAGACCUUGCUGUGUCUGAGAAUUGGAGACGAGUGACUUGUGAAGGCCCCCAGAUGAGGCCUAAAACUUCUGAGAGAUUUAGUAUGUUCCCGUGUGUCCUGGGCUGUGAGAGCUUCACCUUAGGGAGAUAUUACUUUGAAGUGGAUGUGGGAGAAGGAACUGGCUGUGUCAUAGGAGUUUGCCUGCAAAAUGUGUCCAGGAGUCUUUUCAAGAGGCUGAAUCCUGAAUCUGGAUUCUGGGUCAUGAGGAUGUGCAAGACAAAUGGCUGCAUGGCACUGACUGCUCCCAUAACGUCCCUUCAUCUGAGCCAGCAGCCCCAGGUUGUGGGGGUGUUUCUGGACUGUGAGGCCGGUCUUGUCUCUUUUUACAACAUGGCAGCUGGCUCCCACAUCUACACCUUCCCCAGGGCCUCCUUCUCUGAUGCUCUCCGGCCCUUUUUCUGUAUUUAUCAGCAUUCUCCUUUACUUCUGCCUUUACCAGAAGAAUAA